CGCCAAUAUGUCUGACGGUCGAGGUUUACUUUUCUGACCAAAAUUUGAAGAAAAAUCUAAGUUUUACAGCGGUUGUGACAAUCAAAUCUCGAUUACAUAGCGUCGCAUGUAACUGCAGUCCGCUGACCGAAUUACACCGAGAAUGGUCAAGAAGAAGAGACAGAGCGACCCGGGGGAAAAUGGGGACGAAUCGACAGAAUCCUGUGACGAAAACGUCAAGUCCGCAUGUCCUCAUGUUGCUAAAGCUGUCGACCUUACGCUGCUGAAGAAAUCUCUCAAGGUUCGAGGGUUUGAUAAGGAGUGCGCGGAGUGUAAAAAGUCAGCUAAAAAUGAGGUGCCUGACCCUGAUUAUGAAGACGAUCUCACUUUGUGGAUGUGCCUACGAUGUGGCACUCAGUUAUGCGGGCGGACACGUAACAAGCACGCAUUAAACCACUUCAAUACACCCCACUCCGACUGCCAUGCCCUAACUGCCAAUACAACCACUUGGGAGAUCUAUUGCUACAAUUGCAACAAUGAAGUGACUACAGCUACCUCCAAGAAGCUUCACGAAUGUAUAGAAUAUCUUAAGAAACAGGCUGUAGCUGGCGGUAACUCUAAAAACACUUUCUUGCCCACUAUAGAACUUCAUUAUGACCAAAUUAAACCCAUUGACCUUCCGCCGCCUGGGGAUAAUAUCAUGAAAACAGGUGUAGUUUCAAAAGGAAAAGAUAAGGCAAUUGCAUUAAAUCUGCCUAGAGUUCGAGGUCUGUCUAACUUGGGUAACACUUGCUUUUUUAAUUCUGUAAUGCAAUGCUUGGUACAGACUCCAUAUUUAUUGCAAGUUCUUCAAGAAAUGUCCACUCCAGGAGAAAGGUUUACAUUGCCUGGGGGGAAGUUAAAAUUGAAGGGGGAAGGAGAUGAGAUCAAAGAUGUUGAUCUCCCACCUAUAACUGGACAGCUGGCUGAAUGGGGAUCCCUAACCAGGACAUUGGCUGAGACUUUAGGAGAGUUGCAAGCUGGCGAAGGCGGCGUGUACACACCGCGCAAGCUGCUCUCAGCGUUAGUGAAUAAGCUGCCUCAGUUCGGCGGUGGCGACCAGCACGACGCCCACGAGCUGCUGCGGCAUCUCCUUGAAGCUGUCAGAUCUGAGGAUCUACGCCGCUACCAAGCAGUGAUUCUGAGCAGUCUCGGCAUGAACUCGAAGGUCGACCCUGCCAAGGUCGACGGGGAAGUCAAGCAGAAGGUCAAGUUCUAUGGACAACAGGCCUCUGAUACCAUGUUAAGGCCUGAGCAGGUGUUCCGCGGUUUUCUCGUGUCGACACUCGAAUGCCAAGAAUGCUUCCAUCACUCGGACCGUCAGGAAUACUUUCUGGAUCUGUCUUUGCCAGUCGCCACGUGCCGUCCGCAACCGCCCGCAGUCGUACGAAGGAAAACUCCCAACGAAGAGAAUACUUACAACACUCAAGAGGAGAGCAAAACUUCUAAGCAUCAGCUGAAGAAGGAACGGAUAGCUGCCAGAAAGGCUGCUAGGAAGAAUAAAGGAAAUUCGACAUCUAACAAAGAAGACGCCAGUACAGAUGCAAACGGUGCUAAAGAAGACGGUAAGUCCUCUUCAGAGUCUGAUGCUGACGUCGAAGACAAUCUAGAAGACAUGCCUAGGCAGGCCGACACACAUACUGUAUCUGUAGGUACCCAAGCCAUUGCCCACACUGCAGCCAACUUUGCAGCGUACCACAUGGAGUCGGGGUAUAAUUCCGAGAAAGUCAUUAGCUCAGAUUCCAUCCGUACCAGCCCAGUGGAAAUUGACAAGGAAAAAACCGAUAACACCCCUGAACGUACAGAUAAAGAUAAAGUAGAAUUCGCCGAUACUGGCACAUCUACAACAGCAAUACCUUUAGAAUAUAAACCCCUUAUUUCAUUAGAGAACCUUUCUAAUCCCGAUUCAGGAGUGGCCAGUCCAGAAGCUACAAAACAUAAUUCCACUGAAACUGUUGACAAUGUUGAUUCACCAACCAAUGGCAAAGAACUCGGAAGCCAUAGUUCUCUAUCUAGCGAGAUCAAUUUGGACUUGUCCAGUCCACAACACAACAAGUUAUCUACGGUCAAAACUGAUUUCGAAAGGCCAGUGUCCAGGAUAUCCCAAUAUAACGUCCCGGAAUACUCAAAUGAAGUUGUCUCUAGAGGCAUUAGUGUUCAAGGUUGCAGGAAUCUACUAGAACAUAGCGGAGAAAGUAGUUACGAAUCCUUACCAGAAAGCAAAGUUCAGGAUUCGAUAUUCAAUGAUUUAAACAAUCAUCAAGGUAUGUCAAAUAAAUUGGACAAGUUAAAACUCGAUAUGGAUGACGUCAAAGCUAAGAAACCUUCCUUCCCAACGCCAGUGACAACUGACAUUACCACAGACCCGCCACCAACAGUUCCGAGGCCGAAAAUCAACAACAUUGAAGCUGAAAAGACUCAGAAAGACUACAUGUCAACUUUCUCGCGACAAAGUCCAUUGUCCCCACGAUACAUUUGUGAUGAAGACGAGUGCAGCAUCCAAUCUUGUCUUAGCCAGUUUACUGCUCUGGAGCUUCUUACAGGCAACAACAAAGUUGGUUGUGAGACUUGCACUGAACGAAUUAACGGGAAAGAUGGAAAGACAGUUUAUACCAAUGCAACUAAACGAUUCCUAGUUUCAAGUCCUCCAGCCAUUUUAAUUUUGCACUUGAAAAGGUUCCAAAUUGGACCAAGGUGCAUGUUUAGAAAGAUGUCUAAACAUGUUGACUUCCCAACUGUAUUAGAUUUGGCUCCUUUUUGUGCCAUGGAAAAAGUAAGAAAGCUUCCCAAUGUUAUGAGAGGGCAGAACGAGUUGCUAUAUUCCCUUUACGGCGUUGUGGAGCAUUCUGGUGGUAUGCACGGUGGACAUUAUGUGGCCUAUGUCAAAGUGAGGCAGCCGGUGAAAACUGGGGAUCCUCGGUGGUGGUUCUUACCGAAGAGCAGUAAUACAAUGCCCGCCCCAACGGGUAAUGGAGAUGGCGAUGGGGAUUCUGAAUCAGAUCUUUCUGGUUACGAAUCCGGAGAAGGUCCAACGCCAUCGGCUGAAGUCCCACUUGGGAAAUGGUAUUAUGUUUCAGACAGCAUGGUAUCCGAAGUAAGCGAAGAGAAAGUAUUGAGGGCACAAGCGUAUCUCCUGUUCUACGAGAGGAUUUUAUAAAUUUCAAGCUUCAGGGAGUCAGAGAAGGGCUUAAAAAGGGGUGGCAUUUAAGUGGAAGACUGAUGCUUGUAGAGUCGGACAUACGUUUAAGGAACGUCGUUACUAUGUUUGUCGCGCUGUAUAUAGCUUUUGUCAGCUUAUUAUAUCCGCGGUUGCGAACACCGCGCAUUUUCUUAUGACUUCGUUAUUUGUAUUUACUCAUUUGUACAUGAUUACUGAUUGUUUUAUUUUAAAUACGUAAUUUUAAUAUCAUUUGAAACUACUGUGUUGUAUGAGUUUAAAGUUGUUUCAUUCGAGAAUCAAUAUUGCAAGCAGUAAUCGUGUGUUUGAAAACCCUGUACGACCAUUAUGUGUGGCAUUAAAGUACGAUUUACACUUAACGGAGUGCGUUGGCACGGACGGAAGCAGAUGUUAUAAUGCAAUAACAAUAAAAACACUUAAGGAAAAGUUUACGCACUACGUCAGGUAUGAAUCAUACUUAAGUCGUUAUUUUCUUGUAGACAGAUUUGUUGAAUAAUUCGAAUGCCAAAAACACCUCGCCUUCUUGUUUUUUAAGUAAUACAAUCACGAAUUGGGGCAUACUUGGCAAAACACAUCCAUUUCUAGGCGAUAAAUAAGCGGAAUUCUAAAGAAUUAAUUUCUAUUACUGACAACGGACAUUAAAGGCCUAUUCAGAUAUACGCGUUAUUCGCUACCGCUGUGAGUAGCAAAUCCAUUAUCAUUUAUUAUUAUUAUUUCAACUAAUCGUCAUUGACUUGCGGGCUGUCCGGAGGGAAUUAUUUUUGCUACUGCUCCCGCGUUGUGCGGCUAAACCUGUUCCGCAAAGCAAGCGAAAAAAUAUCGCCUACCCGGUCGCGGAACGUGCGAUAUUUUCCGCUACCCACAGCGGUAGCCAAUAUCGUUUACAUCUAAACAGAUUUUAAAAAUGUAGUGCCAUCUCGCAAACCAUAAGAGACCUACUAUUAAAAUGCUAUUCAACAGAUCUGAUAGUGUCAAUCUAUAAGAUAUUAUUUACUUACUGUAUCAAUUUAAUAAAUUUCAUUCUGCAUCAUCAAAAAUAUCAUUCAUCCCAAUAAGUUUAAAUGUCGCAUGCUACGUAAGAAGUUUAGCAUUGUAUUUAUUCGUUUUAAAAUAUUUAUUGUUUGUGAUUUGUUAUUGUAUAGCUAGCGUUUAUUUUUGGCGUGAUUUUUAUAAUUUGAAAUGUCAACCCAAAUCAUCGAAUUUGCUGUCACUGUAUAUGUACAUACACGGUAGAUAAGCAUCGGUCAAGGACGCUUUAAAAUGAAUGUCACAAAGUUCAAUAUUCCACUACUAGAGGGCGUGUGAGGAAAUGUCGAAACGACAAUCAGAGGGGUUAUUUAUUGACAGCUAUAUCACGCCAUGUUCUGUGUCCGUCAUAGCAUAGAAAACUAUGUAUUUCUGCUCCCAUAUAACAACAUUUCGGUUUUUCAAUGGGAUAUAGUCUUCCAUUGAGGUGUCAAUUUUUACAAUAUUUGCUAUCGAUACUACAGCUCUGGAUAAUUAUGUCUUAACCAAUUUUAAUUAUUUAUUUGUACCAUUAUGAUGUCUGGCUUAUGCAUUAUUGGUUUGUAAAAACUUUCUUGUGAUCAAUAUUUUUUUAUUUAAAGACAGAAAUGUUAGUCAUUGAGGAUGGAACUUAUUAUGGAUUGAAAGAAAAGUGCCUCAAGUUGAUCUCGCACUAACAAUUGCUAUACAUUCAUAAUAAUUUAAAUCAAACAUUGUUACAUACAAUACUAAUCAUUGCAAGCUGUUUUUUUACGUUCUUUUCACAGUCCUAUAAUUCAAACUUAUAAACUAUGUCCAUUCGAACUACAAAUUAGUAGACUCGAAUUUCAUGAAAUACGUUUCAUCGAAUAUAUCAUUCAUAGAACCUGUCUUCCACUUACUGGAGAAGUAAGAGAGAGAGGAAUUGUUUUCAUUAGAUUAUAAUAACAGGAAACUACACUUUACGAAAGAUUAUUAACGCGGUAGGCAGUCCAUUAAGGACUAACUACCAUUGUCUACUAAAGCUUUACAGGAAAUACCUGUGUUUCGACCAAAAGUGUUUCGAGUAAUAGUUUUUCGUUUUGAUAACUAACGGCGAUGUGGAGACGUAAAAAUUCCCAAGAUGUGCCUAUAAGUAUGCCUUCAAGUUCCUCCAAUAAAGGUUUUAGUAAUCGACCCAUUGCGCGUAAAUACAUAGUUUAUGUAAAUAAUGUUUUGAAAUGUUAGAUUCUAGAAAUGACACCGCGCCCCAAGUAUGUGGUUAACGUUGUUUCCUUGCUGUAAAUAGUUUGCGGUAGAGUUAGUGUUUUAAUUAUUUUUUUAUAGUAUAACGAAAAGGGACGUCCAUCGACUAGGUCUACUGGAACAUUAAGGUCGCAUUACACUUGCCACGCGCAGUAAUCUAUACAUUACUUCUUUAUUACUUGCUAGUUAAGAAAGAGGUUCGAUAAAAUUGUUAUUUUUCGUCGAAUAUAUCUUUCGUAUUAGGCGUUAUGUGAUAAUGCUGCAUUACUGUAUACUGUCCCCAGCUAGGAAACAAUCUCAACCUUAAUUUAAAAUAAAUGAAAUUUAUAAACAAAUUUUUACUACUUUUAAUGUCACAGAAUGUUAGUUUUCAAUUAUGUAACUAUUUAAUAUUAUUGUUUGUAUACUAUUUGAGUGCUCAAUUUUGUUAACACGUUCGUGCAUGUCUUUUUAAGGGUACGUAGCCAAAAAACCCUUAUUUAUUUAUUUGAACUGGAUGCUUUCGCAAAAUGAAUUUUGUACCAAAAUGUUACGUGCAUAGUUUUGCUUGCCAUUAUGUAACAGUUACAUGUUAAAAUUGGGAAAACUGUACACGCUUUCACAGUUAGUAGUUCCACUACAUGAUGUGAAAUCAAAGCUAACGAUCAUAAAGUAAAAAGAGUUGUAACAAGUUGCCAUCGAAAUAUUGAAGCAAAUAACAGUUUUAAGAAGUGAUCUUUUAUCUUUAUAUAUCUCUGUUAAAUAUGUAAUAAAGCAAAAGUUUGGUGAAAUUCUCUUCAGGAGACAAAGUCUGUGAAACGUGUACAUGUUUUCAUCUCUACCGUGUAAAAUUUUGUAUUAUAAAAAUAACGUUUGUCACUGUUAUCAGGUUCCGUUUGUUUUUAAAGUUUGCAUUUGUCAAGAUUAAGAUUGUCGAUAUUGUCAUUAAUAUUUAGCCUGUGUUAUGUUACUAUUUUUAAAAUUAAUU